CAGGAAAUAUGUGCGUUCCUCUUCCCCUCUUUCCCUUCAAAAUUCACGAUCUCAUUGAACUGGCGCCCGCCCGCCGCCGUCCGUCGCUCUCCACCCACCACCGUUGCUUCCACCUCCGCCGUGUGUGUAUAGCUUUCUGGCAGAAGUUCCGUUCACGUAACACCCGUCUCAGCUUACACUCGCUAGUUGCAAAUCCUCACAGUUCAAGGAUAAGAUUUUAUAUAUUGCAUAUGUGCAGAACACAAGCCACUGGAACAGGAUAAAGUAUAACCAUUGUUCUCUGCAUUAUUGUGUUCCGAUUCCGAUUAAAUCAGCUUAAGAUGACCUCUCAAGAAACUCAUAUUUUCAUGGAACUUGCAAUACAACAGGCAAAGUUAGCUAUGGGUGCCCUUGAAGUACCUGUUGGUUGUGUAAUUGUUGAGGAUGGCAAGGUUAUAGCCUCAGGAAGGAAUCGAACUACCGAGACACGAAAUGCUACAAGACAUGCAGAAAUGGAAGCUAUAGAUGUGCUUCUAGAACAGUGGCAGAAAAAUGGACUUUCAAUGACUGAAGUUGCUAAAAAGUUCUCAAACUGCAGUCUUUAUGUUACUUGUGAACCAUGCAUAAUGUGUGCAUCUGCUUUAUCAAACUUGGGUAUAAAGGAAGUCUUUUAUGGCUGUUCCAAUGAUAAAUUUGGAGGUUGCGGAUCAAUACUAUCAUUGCAUUUAAGCGACGCUGUGUCGCCUAAUAAGGGUUUCAAAUGUGCUGGAGGUAUAAUGGCAGAAGAAGCUGUCCUUCUCCUACGAACAUUCUAUGAGCAAGGAAAUCCAAAUGCUCCAAAACCCCACAGGCCUCUAGCACAUCAAACAACAACUUGAAUAAUAACAAAAACUUGAUUUUUGUUUUAUUUUUCUUGCUUUUCUUCCUGGGGAAAGGCAUUUUGUUUAGUUGUGCGAGUUGGUUUUGGCAGUCUCCUUCCUAUUUAUGAAUGGAUAGAUAUAAAUCCCAGAAACCCUAAUGUACAUCAUUGUUUUCCACAAUUUAUAUUGUGGCCUGUCUUGCUUUUUCUUCGUUUUCUAUUCAAUAACUGUUGCUGAUGUGUGGGCGCAAGCCGAUGUUGUGUUGGGAAGUUAAAUGUGGUUAAUUUUGAAAACAUGAUCGAUUAAUGGUUAUACUUUGAACUGAAUAUUUCUUGAUAAACUUUUAAAUUAUUGGAAAGAAAGACACUUUUCAUUUUUGGUAA